UAUAUAUGCACGCAAUAGACGCCAAGGGGGGGAAGGAGGAGAGGAGACAGAGCGAGAGAGCCGGAAGAGAGGAAGAGGCGAGCGACGACGAGGAGGAAGAGGGAGAGGUUGUUGGUGGGCUGUUGGGAGGAAGCUUCUGGAAGCCGCCAUGGGGGACUCGAGCGGGUCGGUGUCCAUCGACGUGGAGCGGAUCUACUUCGGCGGCAAGGAGCAUCCUGUGAGAACAAGAUACGGCUCUGUAUCCGUCUCCGUGUACGGCGACGAAGACAAGCCAGCGCUCAUAACGUACCCGGACGUAGCUCUAAAUUACAUGUCCUGCUUCCAAGGAUUGUUCUUCUGCCCAGAGGCUGCGUCCCUGUUGCUUCACAAUUUUUGUAUUUACCAUAUCACUCCGCAAGGCCAUGAGUUGGGAGCAGCUCCAAUUCCAUCGGAUGUACCUGAGCUAUCUGUUGAUAAUCUCGCGGAUCAGGUCGCGGAUGUUCUUGAUUUCUUCGGUUUAGGGUCUGUGAUGUGCAUGGGUGUCACCGCCGGUGCUUACGUGCUUACCCUCUUUGCAGCAAAGUACAGGGAAAGGGUUCUUGGCCUGAUGUUGGUUUCACCUCUAUGCAAAGCCCCAUCUUGGAGUGAGUGGUUGUAUAACAAGGUAUUGUUAAACUUACUUUAUUAUUGUGGCACUAGUGGACUAGUGAACGAAUGCUUCCUUCAGCGGUAUUUUAGCACGGAAGUUCGUGGAAGUGGACAAGAACCUGAAUCGGAAAUUGUUCAGGCCUGUAGAAGUUUACUUGAUCAGAGGCAGGGUGUUAAUGUAUGUCGAUACCUUAAAGCAAUAAACGAGAGACAUGACUUAACUGAAGCACUGAAGAAGCUCCGGUGCCGGACGCUGAUUUUCGUGGGAGAGAACUCGCAGUUCCAUGCCGACGCUGUCCACAUGACCACAAAACUAGACCGGAGAUACUGCGCUCUAGUCGAGGUUCAGGCAUGCGGGUCGCUGGUCACCGAGGAGCAGCCACACGCAAUGCUGAUCCCGAUGGAGUACUUCUUGAUGGGAUACGGGAUGUACAGACCGUCCCAGCUCGAGAGCAGCCCCCGGAGCACCCUCAACCCGUUCUGCAUAUCGCCGGAGCUGCUGUCGCCCGAGAGCAUGGGGGUGAAGCUGAAGCCCAUCAAGACCCGGACCUCCCUCAUUGUCUAAACAGCAUGUGGGGGGAGAUCUUGGAUGGCCUGACGACACAGCUCGCAAAAAAGCGAAGACUGCUUGGUCGAGCUGAUCGGAGCACGGUCACCAUCGGGAGACAAGUUUUGAUACCUUCCGGUACCUUGGCACGGAACGCAUUGCAUAGAUCGAGAUCGAUAUGCUAAUGGCAGCAUUUGCUGUAGUGGAUUGCUGUAAGCCUGUAAUCUACGUCUUCUGGGAUAGGCAAGCAAGGGGAAUAGGGUUGAGGUUGUAGGGGAGGAAUACGGCUGUUUGUUUCUUUGUUCAUAUAUGCUUUGUAGUAGUCCACAUCACAUGUGUAUAUGUCAUCAUCAGAUCAUUUCACACGGGAAAGCAAUAUAUAUAUAUAUAUGGUAAAGCAGAA